AUGAUGGUAGCACUUGGCCGAGCGUUGAUGUUCAGCAGUCAUCAAAGAGCUGCCGUUCGUGUGCCGCUGUUAAGGUUCUACCAAGAGUUACAUGUCUUUACGGAACGAGCGAUUUUUGAUUGCGCUCAGACGGUGGAGGCUGUCGAACGAGCGCGCCUUGAAUAUCGAGGAAGUCUGUUGUGGAUGAAGAAGACCAGUGAAGAGCUCGAUCCCGACACGGACGGCCAGCUGGAGAAGUUUCGUGAAGCGCAGUCAGCGGUUCGAUUGAACAAGGAGAAGCUUGACAAGCUCAAAGUUGAUACUCUACAAAAGGUUGAUCUGUUGUCCGCAUCUCGCUCGAACCUGCUCUCUCAUCUGCUCGGGAAAUAUCUAGAUAUGCUGUGUGCCUUUUACGAGAGAACGUGUCGCGCUUACUCGGCUCUUUCAGCAAAUUUGUCCACGUUUCAACAUUAUGAAUUCGAAAUUCUAACGGAUUUAAUAGAACCAUCGAAAAAAGUAGCCAGAAAAGUACGACAGGCGAGCUUGGACAAGGAAGCCCGAGAAGCCGAGUAUUCACGUGUAGCAAACGAACCGGAAUCAGAAGAGCCGGUGGAAAACCUGCUCAACUUUGAUGACGAGCCAGAAGGCUCACUCAAGAAGUACCUUUUUGGACGAGAAAGCCCGGUUGAGGCUAAGGUCGAGGAAACGGAUGAGGAACGACCAGAGAGUCCGCUUGGAUUAGCAGACUUCGAGUCAGAACCUGUUGAAGGUGAACCGCCACAGUCCAGUAAGAUUUAUAUUGGCCCCUUGCCGCCCACUUUGAUAGAUACGGAAGCCGAAGUUCCUCUGCUGGCUCCUCCUCCUCGAACUGUGCUGUCGCAACCGUCUUCGUCUGUAGCUAGGCCGCCUUCACAACUCGAAGGCAAAACUGACGAUUCCGGCUAUUCUGUGCAAGACCUGUUCCCAUUGGUGGGGCAGACUAAACCUGAAGUUUCUAGUCAAGAUGGCAUUAUUGAUCUCCUUGGUGCUCCGUCGUCGCAAUUUCCGAAUCCGUUCGAUGAAAGCAAAACGACGGUU